UUUUGUUCCAGUUCAAAUUUCAAUUUUAGGUUUUGUGUAAUUUUAACGUAUUUGUAGUUGGCUUUUAAUCAAGUAAUUAAUUUCAUUGUUUUCUUACAUUUAGGUCUAAAACUUCAAAUAAGUUUAAGGUUUCCUACGUAGAGAUCGUUGUUGUUUUGUGCGUUGUGUGCCUAAUCAAUAACUAAAAUAAAACCCCAAACAUGGAGAGAUCCAGGAAAAAAAGGGACGAAGAGGAACCGAUGGAGGUGGACGAAAAUUUUAACGAACAUAAUGGAGAAAAUGGAGAGAUCGACCAUAUAUCCGACGACGAAGAAGGCGGAGUCCGUAUUGGUGAUAUCUACAUUCCCCCGGCACCAAAGCCGGCGCUUACAUUCGAUGCUACUGGUCCCAGGCUGAUAAUCACUCACAUCGUAAAUGAAAACUUUAAGAGUUAUGCUGGUGUACAGGUUUUGGGACCAUUUCAUAAGAGUUUUACAGCUAUUAUAGGCCCUAAUGGUAGUGGAAAGAGCAAUGUAAUAGACUCCAUGCUCUUUGUGUUUGGCUACAGAGCAACCAAGAUACGUUCAAAGAAGAUUUCUGUCCUAUUACAUUCUUCCAGCAAGUUUCCAAAUAUAACCAAUGCCUGUGUUGCUGUUCACUUCUGUCAGAUAAUUGAUGGGGAAGGUGAAGAGUUUACUGUUGUUCCGAACAGUGAGAUUGUUGUAUCAAGAACAGCUCACAAAGAUAAUUCAUCAUACUACACGCUGAAUGGCAAAAGAGUGCAGUUUAAAGAGGUUGCAAAAAUGUUGAGGUCUCAUGGAAUUGACUUGGAUCACAACAGAUUUCUUAUAUUGCAGGGUGAAGUAGAACAAAUAGCUAUGAUGAAACCAAAAGGAUUAACAGAACAUGAGUCUGGUAUGCUUGAAUAUUUGGAAGACAUUAUUGGGACUUCAAGAUAUAAGGAUCCAAUAGAACAAUUAUCAGUUAAAGUUGAAGAAUACACUGAAAUGCGCAAAGACAAACUCAACAGAGUCCGUCUGGUUGAACAAGAGAAACUGAAAUUGGAACAACCAAUGCGAGAAGCUGUGGAGCUCAUGAAUUUGACUAACGUUACUUUGCGGACUAGGAAUAUGCUGUUGCAGAAGUAUAUUCAUGAAACAAACAAAAUGAUAGAGGCCAAAACCAAAGAAAUGGAUGAACUUAAAGAAGUCUUGGCUAAAAUUGACGAGAAACUAUCGAAAAUUAAAGACACUCUGCACGAGAAAACUACAGAAUUAAAGAAUGGUACACAACAGUAUGACCAGUUAAGUAAGCAGAAAGACGAAUUAGGCGAAAAGCUUCAGCAGUGUAAAAGGAAAACAGUAACAGCGCAAGCCGAUUUGACGCAAGCCAAUAAAAAGAAGAAGAAUUUAGAUCAAUUACUUGAACAGGAGAAAGGAAAAUUGAUUGAUUUUGAACUGAUUCCCGAGAAAAACAGACGUGAAAUUGAGGAUUGUGAAAGAUUACUAGAAAAACAUAGGGAAAAUAAGGUGUUAGCUGAGGAGGAGCUACAAACUGUUAUGGCUGGAGUAAGAUCAAAAACCCAAGGCCUCCAGGAGAAAAAAGAUGGACUACAAUCAAAAUUAAUAGAUCUGAAGAAAAUAGUAGAUGAAUCGAACAAAAACUUUAGAUUGGCUGAAUCGGAGCUUAAAAUAUAUUUGAGUACAGAGGAAAAGGAAACGGAGAAAUAUGAGAAAUUAAAAGAGGCCUAUGAAAAUGCUACCAAGAGUUUGGAAGAGAAGAAUUCGUUACGCGAAGAGCUAUCGUCUGAAAUUCCUGCGCAAGAGAGAAAGAUAACUGAAAUACAGACAAAACUCCAGAAGAUUAAGAGAGAAGAUACGACUGUAUCGUCAGAAGCAAGAAGUUUGAGAGGCCAGUUGGAAGAGUCUAGGCAGGCGAUGACGGCUAACAGAUCCCGCGGCCGUGUGCUAGAUACAUUGAUGAAGGAAAAGAGGUCUGGCAAUUUACCGGGCAUUUAUGGAAGAUUGGGCGACCUCGGCGGCAUAGAUGCAAAGUACGACGUAGCGAUAUCUACAUGCUGCGGUGCUUUAGACAAUAUUGUAGUUGACACGGUGGAUACUGCUCAAGCUUGUGUGGAGUUCUUGAAGAGACAUGACAUUGGACGAGCUACUUUCAUAGCGCUCGAUAAACAGCAGCAUUUGAUUAACCGGAUGCAGAAUAAGAUCAGCUAUCCAGAAAGAGUGCCACGUUUAUUCGAUUUGGUAAAAGUGAAAGAUGGAAGGGUGUUGCCGGCGUUCUAUUACGCUUUAAACGAAACAUUGGUGGCGGAAGAUUUAGAUCAGGCUUCCAGAAUCGCGUACGGAUCAACAAGAUACCGAGUUGUCUCAUUGGACGGAAAAGUUAUUGAAAUCGUUGGUACAAUGUCCGGCGGUGGUAAAACGGUGUCGCGCGGACGUAUGUCCAGUUCAGUACAACAGGAUACAAGUGAGAACAAUCCCGCUGUAAUCCAAGCGAAUGAACGGAAAUUGGCUACAUUGGAACAAAGAUUAUCAGAGCUGCGAAUUGAACAGGCUAAUUUGGAAGAAUCUCUUGCGUCCAUUAAAAGGAAUGUUAGGGAAGGUAAAGUGACUUUACACAAAUUGGACAUUGAGACGAAAAGUUUGACUGAGCAAGUACCUGCUUUGGAGAACCAAAUAACACAGCAAGAAAGUAAGGUUGCGUCCAGCAAAGUUGACGCUAGACAGAAAGCGAAAUUGGAGGAAGUUUUGAAGGCCGCCGAAGAGAAAAUGGAGAAAGCGAAACAUGACGCUGGUGAAGUAGAAAAAGAGGUCCACGGCGUAGACGCACAAAUAGCAGCGGUAGCCGGAAACAAAGUGAAAGAUUUGCAGAAGAAUGUUGACGAAUUGACUAAGAAGAUAGACAAGAUAUCUACCGAAGUCACCAAACUGAAGGUCGCUAUAAACACUAGUAUCAGAAAUGCAAAGAAGUCCAAGGACAAAAUAAACCAAAUGGAAGCAGAUCUCAAAGACACAGAAAAGAAUAUCGAGAAUUUGAAUAAUCAAAAGAAACAACUAAGUUUGGACAGUGCACAGUUUCAGAAGCAAUUUGAAGAGUUAGAAGAACAAAUCAACGAAGGCACGAGUGAAUUCAGCGGUCUCAGACAAGAAAUAGCAAAGUUGCAAAGCAAGGAAAACAAGAUCAAGAGCGAGCGACUAGAAGCCAACAAUGCUGUUAGCAAAAUGGAGAAGUCCAUACAGGAUUGUACCACGAAAAUACCUAUGUGGGAAAAAGAGUUGACAACACUAAAACUGGAAGAUCCCGGUUUCGAUGGCGUGCCGGGAAUCGAGCGGCCGACUCCACUCGUGCGGCACACGCCCGAGGAACUAGAAGAGUGCGCAGUGGACGAGAUAAGGAACAGACUUGCGGCGCAGAAAGCUAGGGUUGGUGAGAAUAAGCCCAACAUACAGGCUGUACAGGACUACAGAACCAAGGAGGAAUUGUAUAUCAAACGGGCGGCGGAGUUAGACGAAAUAACGACAAAGAGGAAUGAAAUGAGAGCACUAUACGAUCAGCUUAAAAAGAAGAGGACUACAGAUUUUCUUUGCGGUUUCAAUACAAUCACAGCAAAAUUAAAAGAGAUGUACCAAAUGAUAACUCUUGGUGGUGACGCGGAGUUGGAAUUGGUCGAUUCUUUGGAUCCUUUCACCGAGGGUAUUAUUUUUAGUGUCCGCCCUCCAAACAAAUCAUGGAAGAACAUAUCGAAUCUCUCCGGUGGAGAGAAGACAUUAUCGUCUCUAGCUUUGGUGUUUGCAUUACAUUAUUACAAACCCACUCCUCUAUACGUUAUGGACGAAAUUGACGCCGCUUUGGAUUUCAAGAACGUGUCUAUUGUUGCUAAUUAUAUAAAGGAACGCACCAAAAACGCACAGUUCAUAAUAAUAUCGCUUCGCUACAACAUGUUUGAGGUUUCCAAUCGACUCGUCGGUAUUUAUAAGACUGAGGACUGCACUAAAUCUGUGACUGUGGAGAACAAGUUACCUGAACAAAUGGCGAGCGAUGUUGUAUCUUACGUGUAAAGGAAUAAAGUCCACACUUGCAUUCAUCAUGGACUCCAGAAGAUUGCAACCGAUUAUCUUUGUUAGGUGUAAAUUAAUAGGGUCUAAAAUAAAAUCUAGGUUUAUCCGUGAUUACGGACCAGUGGCGUGCAAUGGGUUUCUUACUAGUGGAAAGAGAACCAGUGGAUAGGCAGUGCUUUUGUGCAUGAACGAAAUGCACGCUACUGCUACGGACUCAUUCCACUUCAGCGAUUCGUUUUCUCAAAGUAAAGAGUACUUACUACUCUUUUACAAAAAUUACGUAGAUACGUUGUCGCGUGAAAGUACAAACCAGUAAAUACACUCGCAUUUAAAAAAAAGUAAUUAGUUAGCAUUAGUAGAAUAAGUUACAUGUACAGAUUGCAAUAAAGAAGAUAAAUAAAAAUAAAGACGAAUAUUACAACUA